AAGUAUCCGGAUCUGGUUAUUUUCUGUUGUUGAGUGUUUUCAAAAUGAAAGACCAUUCAAGGUAAAAAUAAUUGUCAUGGCUCAGGGGAAGGUGUCGCCAUUGGUGUCCUUUGGGGCUGCAGCAUUAGGUGUGCUUGGAACUUUCCUUGGUCUUCCUUCUUGGAAUGUUUACUGUGCUGCGGCUUGCGUGCUGCUAUUUUGUGGAGGAGUAUUUUCAUUCUAUUUAUCACGACGCGAUUAUUUUCAUCGUCUGUUUGCCAAAGUGGUAAAGACGCAAGGAGCCCAGGCAUCGUCCCUAAAGUUUGCAGACGGCAAGACUGCAUCAGUGCCUGCUGCUCGUCAGUCUGGUUUGCCUGCAGCUAGUGCUGCUGGCAGGGCUGCUGCUGCUGUUGUUACCAAUAAUGACGUCAUGCAGAGUGGCAGUAAUGCUGUCGGCCAAGGGGCUGCCUUUACGAAUGUGCAGCAGGCCGCUUCACAGCUCAGGAGGCCAGUCUUGCGAGCUGAUCCCCUCAGUCGAAAAUUAGAAUUUGGGAAGUCGCCACCGUUCAUGCGAAGGCGCACGGCCGAACUCUCCCCUGUGCCACCGGCUCCCCUGCCAUCACGACAGGAGGCAGCAUUUGCUCGCCUCCAGUCCAGCAGCCAGCUUAGCAUGCCUGUAUCACAUCUGUCUGUCGACAGAGCAGCAUCACCAGCCAUGCCAGCAGCAGCAUCUGCAGCAGCAGGCCUAGAAGGAAGCCUUGUGGCGGUUGCCUCCCGCGCGCUGAAUACGCAGGGCAGGUCCGAUAUGGUGGCGAGUCCAGUCAUGAGCCGUGUGGCACCACCAUCUCGUCCUCCGGUGUCAAUCAGCAAAGAAAGUGAGCCAGCUCCCAAUCCGGCUGCCAAGGAGACUGUCAUGGCGGCACUCAAGCAAAAGUGCAGAAAGCGCGCAUCGUCUGAUGACGAUGACAGCGAACAGCUUGCCAAGAAAAUUCGAACUGACUCGAGCAAGAUCAGUAAGAAGCGGCCAGCCGAUGUGUCAGAGAGUGUGGAUAAAUCACGCGAUGUGAAGAAGGCAAGGCAGCAGCGAGACAAAUCGACCGAGGAGCGUGCUAGCUCGCCCAAAUCCAAAAGCAAGGGCAAGCGGAAAGCAGCCGAUGACACUGCAGAGGGUACACGCAAGAGGCAAACAACGGAGAAGGAUGCUGUCUCCUCGGAUACCAGCAUGUCUGAAGAGGCACCUGCAGAAAAGGAGCCUGCUUCAUCAUCUUCACCCGGUGCCUCAUCUUCCACAUCUUCACCUGGAAAAGGAAGGACGUUGCGCAUUCUGGACGAUGACGAGAUUGAGAUGACCGAAGACCCGCUACCUCAGACCAGGGCGAGCGCGUCCAACCAGCAGAAAGCGGCGCUGGUCAACAAGAACACUGCCACCACCACCGGGGCACCGAUCAAGAGUUUGCCAAACAAGUUGGUGAGCAGCAGUCGUACCUCGGCGGCGACGGCUAACAACAACCAUAAACAGAGCAGUAAGAAAGCAACUUCUGGCAAGGACAAGGAGGCGGUGAAUUCUGAUGACGCUGCUGCAAAGGCUCCAUCAACAAAGCCACACACAAAGAGAGUAGCCACGAGUAUUGGUGGUGCAAAGCUGCGAGAGAUACCUCUUGUGGACAGUAGCUUGCUGACUCGACCGAGCCCACAGAAUGUUGGUAUUGAGCGCAGCCAUUCACCAGAGGUAGCACCUACCUCUGAAGACAUCCAGGAAGACCGUGCAGCUGCUCGUCAACGUGUUAAGUACUUGCUUCAAGACGACGAUGACGACGAUGAGGAAGAAGAGGCAGCUAACCGCAAGGUGAAAACUGCCAAACCUGUUCCAGCCACAACUGCCAGUGCAAGCUCUGCGUCAGCAGCAUCCACCACUGCUGCUCCCAGCUCCACCUUGUCGUCAACACUCAGCUCUGGUGCUGCUACUGGUGGUGGUCUUUCUCUAGGAACUGGCAGUACGUCUACAGGUGGAUCGUCAGUGACUGGCUCUACUGCCAUGCCAUCGUCAGGCCUGUCUGCUGCACUCAGUCAGCUGUCUAAGUCGCCCGCUGGUGCCGCGGCUACAUCCGCUCCUACAGCCGCAUCACAGCUCUCUGUUGGCUCCGUCCUGGGCGGCUUGAGCUCAUCUGCUGCACCGCUGCCGUCAUCAUCGAGUGCAGGUAGCAGUGCCGCGGGUGCUGCUUCUACAACCUCAGUCACAGGUGCUCUCGGCCAACUGUCAUCAUCCGCAGGCAGCACUGUUGCAGCAGGUAGUGGUAGCAGUACUGGUUUCAAAUUACCUAGCGGCAUCGGCGGUGGUGGUGGACUUUCAUUAGGUGGUGGCGGCCUUACACUGGGUGGUGGAGGACUCGGCUUGGGAAAGCCUGCUUCGUCUCAACCAGGAGCCGGUCUAUCAUCAUUGGCAUCUUCAGCUACGACUACUGCUGCCGCUGCCACUAGCUCUAUGGCAUCAGCUACCACCGCGUCAGGCGCUUCCCUGCCAACAGUUGCAGGCGCGUUGGGCUCGGGAUUCUCUCUGCCUUCGACAGGUGCUGCGCAGAAUUCCACUGGUGGUAUACAGCUUGGUGGACUGAGUGGACUGGGUGGGUUGUCCACUAAGGCCCCUGCACCGGCUGCUGCUCCUGCUGCUGGCACUGGUCUCCAGCUGUCAUCUGGUCUUGCUGCUCCUGCUCCUCCUGCUGCUGGCACUGGUCUCCAGCUGUCAUCUAGUCUUGCUGCGGCUAGCAGCACUGCACCUGGUCAGGUACCAGCAAAGACAGGCGGCAUGUUCGGCAUGGGUGCAGCAGCAGCAGCGACGACAGCGGCAGCUACUGGUGCUGCUACCAACACCCCGUUGGGCGGAGGUUUGAGUGGUUUUUCUGCCACGUCCAACACAGGUCUACAGCAACAGCAGUCCUCUGUACAACCAGGUGGUCUGUUCUCAAUGUCGGCGGCCAAUCAAACACAACAACAACAGCCUCAGCUCGGCACAGCUGCUGCCCCUGCCCUGAGUUCCGGUCUGUUUUCCAUGGGUGGUGCUGCUACUGCAGCUCCUGCACCUACUGCCACCGCCGCCACCACCGGUGGAUCGGGUCUGUUCUCAAUGCAGCCACAAGCGACAGCAUCUGCUGGUGCAGCAACACGCACAGUAGCGGCGACAACAACUGGCUCGGCAAUGCCGUCUGGCCUCUUCUCACAAUCCGCCAAUGCUGGUGCGGCAACAGGGGCUGCAGCAGCGACGGCGCCCAUGGGUGGUUUGUUCUCCAACACUAGUGGCCAGUCCGCUGCUGCUGCUCCUAAGCCUGCAGCCACUGCCAGUCCUUUUCAAAUGGCAUCCACCGGCGCUGGCACUGGGGCUCCUGCAGCUGCCGGAGGUAUGUUUGCUAGCAUGCAACAACAGCAGCAGCAGGUACCAAGAGCUGGUGCAGUCGCCGGCAUGGGCACCACAACUGGUGGUUUGUUUUCCAAGCAAGGUGGCGCUCCAACAGUGGCGCAGACCAACACAGCAGCUCCCGCUGGCGGCUUGUUUUCUAAGCCCGCUGCCGCGCCAACCACCGCCGGGGCCUUCAAUUUCGCUGGUUCUGGCUCUGGCACAACAAAUCAACCAGGUCCAGGCACUGCUGCAGCACCGGCCGCCUCGGCCAACUCCGGUUUCAAUUUCGCAGCGGCUGCAGGUGCGACCACAGGCGGUCAGGGUGCAUCCAUGUUCGGCUCAGCGACGACGUCAAACCCGACUGCUCAAUCGUCUUCUCUGUUCUCCACAGCUGCCCAACAGGCAAACAAACCUGCUGCUACUGCCGGUACGGGGGCUGGUGGUUUGUUCUCUGCCGCAGGGGGCAGCACAACAGCCGCAACCAACAUGUUCUCUCCUCCUGGUAAUACAGCGGCUGCUGCUGCACCGUCGACUACAGGCUUUAACUUUGCAGCUGCUGCAAGUGGCAGCACACCUGGGUCAACAGCAGCGGCAGCACAGCCUGGUGCUAUGGGCAUGUUUGGAGGCGGUGCCGGCGCCGCAUCAUUCGCCUCGCCACCUGCGGCCGCAACCGGUUUCAACUUCGGCACGAACAGUACAACACCUGGAGGUGCCGCCAACGCUGCUGCAAACUUCGCCUCACCGCCUUUCCAGGGCACACCAGGGGCAGCAGGUAAUACAGGAGCAGCUUCUACCACACCAAAUGCCGCCUUCUCAGCAGGCGCUGCAUCAGGGGGCGCAAGGAGACCAGCCCGGAGAAGGAAACGCUAGGUUGUGUGGUUGUUAGCUUGACAGGUACUCAGUUGUUCUCAUGCUCUGGCACUCGUCACCUUCUUCCCUAACGCUAUGUUCCUAUGGCAGCAGCACAGCACACAUCUUUAACUUCUUUCUUUUAACGUGGUGCUGUAUCGUGGACGAAUAACAGUUACUGCUGUUCCUUUCUACUCGUAUGUUAGUGGUGAUGCGCUCGGUGAGCUCUCUCUCUCUCUCUCUCUCUCUCUCUCUCUCUCUCUCUCUCUCUCUCUCUCUCUCUCUCUCUCUCUCUCUCUCUCUCUCUCUCUCUCUCUCUCUCUCCCCCCCCCCCCCUCUGCUAAUUAUCCUAUUUCUCGCCUGCCAUGUUCCUACGGUUUGCAAGCACGAGGUCUGCCUGUGUUUAUCUGAUUGUAAUAUUUAGUCCUGUCGUUUGGCUUGUGGUACCUGUAGUGACUGUAGCGGCUGUUGCAAUUAUUGUUUGCUAUGAUAUUUCCACAGCGGGUGUUUCUUGGUUUGAUAUAUUCUUUGAUCUUUUUUUAACGAAACAAAAGUUUUAACCUCAUGGCUAGCUUUUUUUGCCAGUAUUCUUGUUUUAUACUUCUGAAGUAUUACUAUUCACGGGUUUUUUCAGCACUCGCUCUCGUGUUUUCUUGUAGUGAGUCGUACAUACCAUAGUCGACGGAAUAUGGUGAGCAAAGUGUCCUUGAUUUGUAACCUUCAA